AUCAUUUUAUUCAACUACAUGGACUUAUUCUUGGAUCACUGGAAGAGAAGUAACGAUGUAUUGGAUUGUAUCGAGGAAACCUCAUUAUCAUGGAGCGCUGCCGGUGAAGAUGUAUUAAAAAAAAUUACACUGGAAAUAAAAAUGCUCAAACGUAUCAUGACACUCCUUAUGAUUGGACUCAUCAUUUCAAACGUGAUAUUAUUGCCAUAUCCCGAAAUAUGUGAGCCUUUUCAUAGAAUGGGCGAGAAAUAUUUUGAAAGGUGGAUAGUUAUUAUCGAUAUAAUGACAUUAAUUCUGUUGGCUAUGACUGGUUAUGGCUCGGGCCAUUUUUUCUUAAAGGUGGCUUAUGCUUUCACACAUACUAAAUUUCAGUGUUAUCUUCUGAAUGGAUUAUUGAAAAAUAUGUCAGAUUAUACUGGAAAAGGUUUGGAUGACGAAGAAUAUCAAAUGAUCACAUAUCAAAAGCUGGUUAAGUUGGUGAAAGCUCACCAAAAUACGAAAAAAUUAUUUGGGUUGAUCACGAAACAUUUCAGUUGGAUGAUCCACCCUGUGUAUAUAGCUAAUUGUGUUGCGAUGGUUUCUAUAAUCUACAUUUACAUGCUCGUAAGUAGUA